AAUUCUAAUAAUUUAAUCUGAAAGUGAGUUACACUUCGUUCUGCGCGUGUAUUUACGAACAACUUCUAGCCAUCAGUGCAACAAUCGACCUAUAAAGCUGUCAUUUGUGCAUCUACGCUAUUUUUGUAAAAUCUUAUGUAGAAAGAAUUGCUUUGGUCAUCUAUCCAAAUCAUCAAAAUACUAUGCCUCUUUUUGGUAAGUCACAGAAGAGCCCUGCGGAGCUUGUGCGAUCUUUAAAAGAUGCAGUGACUGCGCUGGAAAGGGGUGACAAGAAAGCAGAAAAAGCUCAAGAGGAUGUGAGCAAAAAUCUGGUGUUGAUAAAGAACAUGCUGUAUGGGACGUCGGAUGCGGAGCCACAGACAGACAUCAUUGUGGCACAGCUAGCUCAGGAGCUGUAUAACACAAACCUACUUCUGCUUUUGAUUCAGAACUUGAACCGCAUUGACUUUGAAGGCAAGAAAGAUGUGGCGCAAGUGUUCAACAAUGUGCUCAGGCGCCAGAUCGGCACCCGGUCACCAACUGUGGAGUACAUCUGCACCAAGCCGGAGAUUCUUUUUACCUUAAUGUCUGGGUACGAGCACCAGGAGAUAGCGUCGAACUGCGGCACCAUGCUGCGGGAAUGCGCUCGAUACGAGGCCUUGGCUAAGAUUAUGCUGUAUUCAGACGAUUUUUACAAUUUCUUCCGUUACGUAGAAGUUUCCACUUUUGAUAUUGCCUCAGAUGCCUUCUCUACUUUUAAGGAAUUGCUAACACGUCACAAAAUGCUGUGUGCUGAGUUUCUAGAAGCCAACUACGAUAAAGUUUUCAGCCACUACCAGCGGCUGCUGAACUCCGAGAACUACGUGACCAGGAGGCAGAGCCUGAAGCUGCUGGGCGAACUGCUGCUCGACCGGCACAACUUCUCCAUCAUGACCCGCUACAUCACCAACCCGGACAAUCUGAAACUCAUGAUGAACAUGCUAAAAGAGAAAUCACGCAAUAUACAGUUCGAGGCUUUCCAUGUCUUUAAGGUUUUCGUAGCCAAUCCAAAUAAACCAAAACCAAUAUUGGACAUUCUGCUAAGGAACCAGGACAAGUUGGUCGACUUCCUAACCAAGUUCCACACGGACCGCUCUGAGGAUGAACAGUUCAAUGAUGAGAAGGCUUACCUCAUAAAGCAAAUCAAAGAGCUCAAGCCGUCCGAACACUAACAAUUAUUGCAUUUGAUCAGCCCUUCCUACCCUACACGACGUUAGUUACAGAUGCUAUUAUGUUUAAUCGC